UGUCGCCGUUAAAAGAAUUCCGUGACAUCAGUAGUCGCGUUCUGUCGGUGGCAAAAACAGGACUCGUCGGAGACGCCGACCGCAGCCCCCUCCCACUGCCCCACUCCGCUCCACCCACUGGGCAGACUCGCAAAAAUCCGACUGAAAGAAGACCAAGCCGACCGCAAUUAUCACCUGGUGCACCGACGUUACGGUAGCGCCGCUACCGAAUUUUUCGCGACGCGGACACGUGGCGAUGUGGACGACGACAUACGUGUGAGGAGGACCUCCAACACUAUUAUUACCUAUUUAUAUUAUUGCAGUGUGCUAGUGCGGGUGUGCAGGAAGCCAUGCUUCCUUUGGCGACGACUCAGUGAGUGCAGCAGCGACUGGGACACACACCAUGUCCCAGUUUGGCUUCCGAGCAUCGCCGAAUACUCAGAGUGCAGUAUCGUCGGGACCUAGUCAGCCUUCACCUCCUCCUUCAAGCAUGGCAGUAACCUCUUCGGCCCCAACACCGGGAAGUCCGCCCGCUCCGUCUCAAAGAUGCUGUGAUACCGGCAGACCUUUAUUCACUGAUCCGCUAACCGGCCAAAGUGUGUGCUCGUGUCAGUAUGAACUUUUAGGAUAUCAAAGAUUAGCCGGGGGAGUACCCGGACUUCCGGCCCUCUCCAUGUACAGCGCGCCCUAUCCCGAAGGAAUGGCGGCGUAUUUCCCCGCAUUGGGGGCCGAUCAGGCCCCCUUCUACACUUCAACGGCUGCUGGUUUAGAAUUGAAAGAAAACUUGGCAGCGGGGGCUGCGACAUGGCCCUACCCUUCCGUUUAUCAUCCCUACGAUACCGCCUUUGCAGGAUAUCCAUUUAAUGGAUAUGGGAUGGAUCUCAAUGGUGCGCGACGAAAAAACGCCACCAGAGAAACGACCAGUACACUCAAGGCAUGGCUUAACGAACACAAAAAGAACCCGUAUCCAACUAAAGGCGAAAAAAUAAUGUUGGCUAUUAUCACAAAAAUGACCUUGACGCAAGUCUCGACGUGGUUUGCGAACGCGCGGAGGCGCCUCAAGAAGGAAAACAAGAUGACGUGGGAGCCAAGAAAUCGCGUCGAAGACGAGGAUAAUAACAACGACGAUGAUGACCACAAGAGCACAGACGGCAAAGACAUUCUAGAUUCUAAAGAUUCGGGUACUGCGUCUAGCGAGGACGGCGACCGGCAGCCCCAUUCGCGUCUCGCGCCUGACACUGCGAGCGAAUGGAGCGAAUCGCGUCCCGACAGCGGCCCCGACAGCCCCGAAUGCUACGAACGCCCUCCUCACCCUGCCUUCCUACCGCCGCGUUCCUCCGGUUCGCCCCCUCAGAUCUCUGCCUCGGUGAGUUCCAAGCCGCGGAUUUGGUCAUUGGCCGACAUGGCAAGCAAAGAGAGCGACGGUCCUCCGCAAUCCACCGUCUCUUCGCUGUACUCCACGGCGGCUAGUCGACUGGUUCCGUCGUUGGCCGGGCGUUUGCCACCUCCAGGGCUCCACACCGCCCCCUACGCCCGUCCCCACGACUUCUACCGGAGUUUGUACGGCCCCGGGAUGGGCAGUAGCGGUUCGCCUGAUGCUUCUCUCCUGGAGACUUACUCCAGGACUCUGGGGGCCAACCUUGUGAGCCAGUCGGUGCUGACAAAGGCGAAUUUGGCCACAGUGACGUCUAUUGCGAGUAAUGGGCCAUUAGGGUUGACUACAAGUUCGAGAUUGUCUCCGUCGUCGACGUCGUCGUUGUCGUCAGGGUCGGAGACGCCGUUGAAGCCGGUGGCGCUGAAUAAAGCUUGACCUACGACGGUUGUGGCGGGUUUGUGGCCCUGAUCUACCUCGGCAGUGUGCAUGACCAAUGUGGACAAUAACGGACGCAAAUUCCCGUAGUGUGCUGUACAGUCAAUGUGAUAUAUACCUUUCGGUUCCUUAGUUUACGGUCCAGGGUCUUUAGAUGUUGAAAUUUUAGGAUUUUUGCUCUUUUGGUUCGAGUUUCUAGAGGCGGUGGACCGUUUCGGCGCCAGGACAUUCGCCUUAGUUCGUUCUCUUGUAAAUAAAGCGACUGCCGUCGGCAGCAGUAUAAAAACUUGUAUCUAUGUAUGUACCUAGCAUAGACCCAUAAGCAGAUAUUUGUUAUUAUAAUGUGUAAUAUUAAGAACAAUUAAUAUAAUACAUUCAAAACCGUACGUGGAAAUUACUACAUAUACUGUAUUCAUUGUACUAUAAAAUCACCACACACGAGUAUUUUUUCCAGCAGACAUAUCAGCAGUUUAAACAAUGUAUUUAUAUUUCCAAUUUACCCGAUCGUGUGUUGACGCUGCAAUAAAGUAAAUCGUUCAUUAUUUA